CAUGGCCAAGUCUUUGAUUAUCAGAUAGGUUAUCCAAUCAAUAUACACUCCUUCUACACAUCUAUAUUCACACUUCACAGCUACUUAUAUAGCAUUCUGCAAGGCGGCGUUGCUUUCUUUUGUUUGUUUUUUUUUUGUCCUUAUGAGUUUUCUUGGUAAAAUGAAGGAAAACGCAGUCAACCCUCUCCGUCUCACGUCACUGAACCAUGUCUCUCUCUUGUGCCGAUCCCUCGAAGAGUCGAUGAAUUUUUACCAAAAGGUGUUAGGGUUCUUCCCGGUUCGAAGACCUGAAUCUUUAGAUUUUGAAGGCGCUUGGUUGUUUGGACAUGGAAUUGGAAUACACCUCUUAGGUUCCACAGAGCCUGAAAAACUUCCCAAGAAAACUGCGAUUAACUCCAAAGAUAACCAUAUCUCUUUUCAGUGCGAGAGUAUGGCAGCAGUGGAGAAGAAGCUUGAUGAAAUGGAAAUAGAGUAUGUGAGGGAGAUAGUAGAAGGAAGAGGGAUCAAAGUGGACCAGAUCUUCUUUCACGACCCUGAUGGCUUCAUGAUAGAGAUCUGCAAUUGCGAUAGCCUCCCCGUUGUCCCCCUCGUAGGAGGACUGGCCCAGUACUGCGCAAAAGUUAAACUUCAUCAGAUGGGGCAACCACAACCGCAGACUAAUUAAGAUCCACCCUUUACUAUCUCUGCUAUUGUUGUGUUUGUGUGAUGAAUAAGAGACCGAUCAACGGGAAUCAGCGAAUGUGAUCGCCAC